GCUGCGCGUCCCGUCCUUUUCCUCUAAGCCGCAACCAUGGCGCAGCAGUUGUCAAAGAAAAAGAAGUUUGUGAAGAAAGGCGUCUUUGAGGCUGAGCUCAAUGUGUUCUUGACACGUGAAUUGGCUGAAGAUGGCUACAGUGGUGUUGAGGUGCGGGUCACCCCAACCCGCAGGGAAAUCAUCAUCCUUGCAACAAGGACCCAGAGUGUUCUUGGCGAGAAGGGCCGCCGGAUCCGCGAGCUGACCUCGGUGGUGCAGAAGCGGUUCGGCUUCCCGGACGGCUCGCUGGAGCUGUACGCCGAGAAGGUGGCCACGCGCGGUCUCUGCGCCAUCGCGCAGGCCGAGUCGCUGCACUACAAGCUGAUGGGCGGCCUGGCCGUGCGCCGCGCCUGCUACGGCGUGCUGCGCUUCAUCAUGGAGUCGGGCGCCAAGGGCUGCGAGGUGGUGGUGUCGGGCAAGCUGCGCGGACAGCGCGCCAAGUCGAUGAAGUUCGGCGAGGGCCUCAUGAUCCACUCCGGCAACCCGGUGCACGACUACGUCGACAAGGCCUGCCGGCACGUCCUGCUGCGGCAAGGCGUGCUUGGCAUCAAGGUGAAGAUUAUGCUGCCGUGGGACCAGACGGGCAAGAUCGGCCCCAAGAAGCCGCUGCCCGACCACGUCACGAUCGUGGAGCCGAAGGACGAGGAGCUGCCCAAGGAGCCGUACUCGGAGUCCAAGGAGAAGCCCGCGGAGCCGGUGCCCGUGCCGCCGCCGCAGGCCUAGACAGGAUGCACACCAAUACACGCCGACGCUGCGUUGAUA